GGGAAGGAGGCGCUGCGACAGCUGACUGCUUUCACGCCAGAUCUUGGCCUCCAGCCGAUGAUGGAUGAAUCAGCCCAACAAGACCGCAGAGGCCAACGCGACCUUGAUUCUGUUGCCACACCAGCAGGCGCCAAGGCGCUGAAGAAGAAGCUCAAGGCCCUCCAGAAGGACCGGCAGCUUAAGCAGCAGCAGACGAGCCACGAGCCGGACAUCGAUGCGACAGAGGCGCUCAUCAACCUUCGGAAGAAGAAGCAGAAGCAACAGAAGAAGCAGAGGGGCAAGAAGAACGACUUGUCGGUGGAGGCACACAAGGACGAUGAGGAGGACCCGCCGGAGGUGCGUCAGCUGGAGGAUUUCGUGUUUGGCGGCGGUGUGGGCAUGAGCGGUCCCCUGCCCUCACUCCAGCAGCUCGGUGGCCAGCUGGCCUCCCUGCGCCGGCAGCAAGACCUGUCGAUGGCCGAUGAGGAAGGCGAUGAUGAUGCUGAAAAUGACGAGGCUGAGGAGCUCAGGGAAGACGAGAGCUUUCUCUACCAGGACCAAGACCGAGAACAGCCGCCAGAAGCAGCGAGCAAGGCCAAGAAGAAGCAAAAGAGGAAGCGCAAAGAGGGCGGACAAUCAGCAGGGGAUGAUGGUGAUGUCGAUUGGGACGAUCUGUUCCGCAUCGACGUGGAGCCGAUGAAGGAAGACCCUUUUGCCAAUCUAUCUAGGGACCAACCACAAGACGGCCAGCAAGACGUCGAUCAAGAACAAGAAGACGACAUCGAGCACUCUCCCACCUCACUUAACGCUCUCCGCCGGCAGGCGAAGCGGCAACGUAGCGGCCAUGCUCACCAGAACGGUCCAUUGCCACUACCGUCCCUAUCGUCAGGCAGCGCGUGGCACGACCCCGAUGACGACAACAUCGCCGUCAACCUUGCGGCCAUCCCGAAGCUCAAGAAGCUGCGGCGCGACGACAGGGAGACCGAGGUCAAGGGCAGCGUCUACGAGCAGAAGCUGCGAGUGCAGUUCCAGAAGAACCUUCCCGCGCCCAGCUGGGUGGAACUCGCAAGACAGAGGAGAGAGAGGAGAGAGGGGGGCGGGGGGGAAGAAGACAAUGACAGUGACGAGAAUGACGAGCGGCAGCAUGGGGGCGGUGGUGGUGGUGGGGGCGAUGACGAGGCGCUUGCAUUUCUGCGGACGAGCGGGAGGGUGCUGGAGGGUGGGGCGGAGAGCGGACGGCUGCCGCCGCACAAACUCAAUAUCAGGAGGAUGCCUGAGCUCUUCCAGAAGGACCAGUCAUGGUACGGGAGGGAGGAAGGAAGGGAGGGAGGGAGAGAGAGAGGGAGAGGGAGAGGGAGGCUUUGUGUGCUUGUCAUGCCACAGGGGAAUGUGUGUGUGUGUGUGCCAUCCCUCCCUUCCUCCCUCCCUCCUUCCCUCCCUCCUUGUAUGUGUUGAUCAGCUCGAGCAUCAAGGUGGUUGAGUUCCACCCCACGAGUGAGGUCCUUCUAGCGUGCGGCGACGACCAGACCAUGCGGCUGCACACAGUGAGCAGUUGACAAUGAUAGAGAGCAGCCCUCCCCUGAUGGCUGACAGACACAGGGCUGACAGACACAUGCAGCAGAUCUCUCUGAUUGAUGUGUGUGGGUGUGGUCAGGUCGACGGGCGGGACAACCCCCGUCUGAGCGUGCAUCACCUCAAGAGGUUCAAGAUACUCGACGCCGCUUUUGAGCCGGGGGGCAACCAGGUGCUGCUGACGAGCUACGGCAAAAUGCUCGUCGAUUACGACAUGCAGUCAGGGUGCGGACACACACACACACACACGCGCACACUCACACAGAGACAGAGAGAGACAGAGAGAGGGAGAGGGAGAGGGAGAGAGGGCAAUCCUGUGUUGCUUGUCAUGUCAUUCAGAGCGGUUCGCACCAUCCCGGGUUUGGGUGGCCGCAGCGGUGACUCCAAGUAUUGGGGCUUGCGGUUCACCCCCCCAGACCACCCACAAUUCGCCACCUCGCCGCUCUUCGCUACCGUCACCAACAAUGGGUCGGUCAGUGCGGCAGCCGCACAGGACAUCCAUGCCAUGCGUUGGUUCGUCGUUAUGGCUGGCUGUGUGCGUCACGUCCGUGUGCAGCUACGUGUGUGUGGUGGACUGGAAGACCAAGCAGCUGGUGCGGGCCGUCAAGGGCAACGCCGGGGUCUACGUAAGCACCGAGCACAGCACAGCACAGCACAGCACGCCAGCCAGGGGUGUGGUGAUGGGUCACCCCACCCACGACCCCUUCCUGUCUGUCUGUGUGCUGUGCUGUGUGUGAAUCUAUCUGCAUCAGGCUCGUGGCGUGUUCCACCCCUCCCGGCCCAUCCUCUAUACCGCUGACAAAGAGGCAUACGUAAGCGCCGCCCCCGCCAGCACCCACACCCACACCCACACCUGCACACCCAGCCCCUCACACACACGAUGGACGGAUGGACGGAUGGAUGGAUGCCCCCGUGCCAUGCAGAUCUACGAGUGGGACCUCGGCAGCGGCCGGUGCAUCAGCAGGACGCAGGACGUCGGUGUGCUCUCGGUGUCGUGCCUCGAGGCUACCAGGACUGCCACCACCACCACCACCUCCCCCUCAUCGACAGCACUGCUGGCCGCGGGGGGCACCCCGGGCAUUGUGGACAUAUUCCCGCUGUCAUCUGUGUCGACGGGCUUGCCGAACGGUCCGAUCAAGGUCAGAAACAGACAGCAGGGCCUGCAGAGAUGGGGAUGGAGGGAGAGAGAGGUUGUGGGUGCGUUGGUUCGCUGGAUUGGUCAGAGUGUGACGAAUCUGACAACCGAGAUCAGCACGCUGCGGUUCCACCCUUCGUGUGAGAUACUGGCGAUGGCCUCAAAGACCAAGAACAACCAGCUCAAACUGGUAGGGACACACACACACACACACAUAUCGGCCGGCACCUGUGUGUGUGCUUGUGUGUCGGGGGUGUGCACAUGAAUUGUGUCCAUCUUUCAUCAGCUGCAUCUGCCGUCCUACACGGUGUUCCAGAAUUGGCCCACCGAGCGCACCGUCUUCAAGGGCGUCACUGCCCUGGACUUCAGCCACACGGGCGGCUACAUGGCUGUGGGCACGGAUCGUGGCCGCGUGCUGCUCUGGCAGCUGCAGCACUAUGCUUAGAUGGAUGGACUUAGUAGGGGUGG